CCGCCCCGCCCCGCCCCCAGCCCUCGGGGUUCAGGAAGCGCGGAAGGAAUCGCCUGGGCCAUGGACGGGGCUGUGAUGGAGGGUCCGCUUUUUCUGCAGAGUCAGCGCUUCGGGACCAAGAGGUGGAGGAAAACUUGGGCUGUGCUUUACCCAGCCAGCCCUCACGGCGUGGCGCGGCUGGAAUUCUUUGAUCACAAGGGGUCGAGCUCUGGAGGGGGUCGAGGCGGCUCUCGCCGUCUAGACUGCAAGAUGAUACGCCUGGCUGAAUGUGUGAGCGUGGUGCCUGUGCCUGUGGAGAGUCCCCCUGAGCCCGGCGCCACUGCCUUCCGCCUGGACACCGCGCAGCGCUCGCACCUGCUGGCUGCAGAUGCCGCAUCCAGCACCGCCUGGGUGCAGACUUUAUGCAGAACCGCCUUUCCGAAAGGCGGCUGGGCUUUGGCGCAGACGGAGAACCCACCUAAGUUUUCUGCCCUGGAGAUGUUGGAGAAUUCGCUGUACAGCCCCACCUGGGAAGGAUCCCAGUUCUGGGUAACCUCCCAGAAGACCGAGGCUUCUGAACGCUGCGGCUUGCAAGGCUCCUACAUACUGAGGGUGGAGGCUGAGAAGCUGACCCUCCUGACUUUGGGCGCGCAGAGUCAAAUCCUGGAGCCACUCCUUUUCUGGCCCUACACUCUGUUGCGACGUUAUGGCCGGGACAAGGUAAUGUUCUCUUUUGAAGCUGGUCGCCGCUGCCCAUCUGGCCCUGGGACCUUCACCUUCCAGACUUCUCAGGGAAAUGACAUCUUUCAGGCAGUUGAGGCUGCCAUCCAGAAGCAGAAAGCCCAAGGAAAGGUGGGACAGGGACAAGAUAUCAUCAGAACUGACUCCCAUGAAGGGGAGACCGAGGGGAAGGUAGUUCCCCCUCCUGUUCCCCAGGACCCCUUGGGCAGCCCGCCAGCCCUAUAUGCGGAGCCUUUAGACUCCUUGCGAAUUCCUCCAGGCCCUUCUCAGGACUCUCUCUAUUCAGACCCCCUGGGCAGCACCCCUGCUGGGGCAGGGGAAGGGGUGCAUUCGAAGAAACCUCUCUAUUGGGAUUUGUAUGGGCACGUGCAGCAGCAGUUGCAGAAAACCAAGCUGACAGACUCCAAAGACGACCCAAUCUAUGAUGAACCUGAGGGCCUGGCCCCCGCCCCUCCCCGGGGCCUUUACGAUCUGCCUCAGGAGCCGAAGGAUGCAUGGUGGUGCCAGGCUCGGCUGAAGGAAGAGGGCUACGAGCUCCCUUACAACCCUGCCACCGAUGACUAUGCCGUGCCACCUCCUCGGGGCUCAAAGCCUGCCCCCGCCCCCAAGCCACAGGGCUUGAUCCUCCCUGAAUCUGGUACCACAGGUGGCAGUGGCAGCAAAGGCCUCAGCUCAGAUACAGCUCUGUACAGCCAGGUCCAGAAAAGUGGGAGCUCAGGGGGUUGGGACUGUGGACUCACUAGAGUAGGGAAUGACAGGGCAGGGGUCAAGUCAGAGGGUUCCACCUGAGACAGUUGCUGAUGGAAGGUCCCUGGUGUGGUGGCACUGAAAAAAAAAGCCAGAGGGUGGGAGGGGCCUGGGACCAGAGGAGUCAGGAUGACCAGUCCUGGGAGUAGAACAAACAAGGCUGAGGCUAGGCCCUGGGGAGGGCCCAGCUGUGCAGUGCUAAGGAGUGGCUAGCUGACAGACUAAGCCUAUGGAAGGAUCCACUUUGGGGAGGCCAGUAUGGGUCCUUACUAUUGUAUUGAUCUUUGCAAGAUACAUUUUAAUUUAUAAGACAAAUCUCAUUAAAGCCAGCUUGGGUUGAAAAGG